CAGAAGAGCACAGCUCGAGACCGCUGGUCCCAGCUCGAGCCCAGAUCCUCGGAUCGCCUCACACCCAGCGCAGAGUCUGCAGAAGCACAGUCUUUCAUCGACAGCAAAGCAUGGACAGCAGCCGCUUUGACAUAGGAUUCCACAACUUGGGAAUCGACGAGGACGAACUGAAUGAUGUGGAGCCUACCCUGAUCUCAGAGGUUUUAAACGGAGAGGAAGAUGAAACUCGGUCCUCACCUGAGCCCGGAGAAGCAGCUGCAGCCGCAGCCGCAAACUACUUUGGCGAGGCCGACUCCAACCUCCUGGACGACGAAAACCGCGAGGGCGACGAAAACCGCGAGGGCGACGAAAACCGUGACGGCGACGGAAACCGUGAGGGCGAUGAAAACCGUGAGGGCAACGGCGGCGAUAUUGAGCCCCCGCCGCAGCAGGAGGAGCCGGGCCCCCUGGCCAUCCAGGGGCCCCAGAAUGCGGCAGUAAAGCCGCGCCGCUGCCGUACCGUUUUCACCCAGUUGCAGCUGCUGGAGCUGGAACGAGUUUUCCGCCACGUUCAGUACCCCGACGUGUUUGCACGAGAGGACAUUGCAAGACGUCUGAAUCUGGCUGAAAGAAGAGUGCAGGUUUGGUUUCAAAACCGAAGGGCCAAAUGGAGAAGAUACCAGAGGGCAUUGAUGUUUAGAAAUCUGCACCCUGCUGCCUUGGGCCACCCUAUGGGGGUAUUCUUUAAUGGGCCCUAUCAUGUAUUCCAGCCUGGAUGGAGAUAUGUUCCUGCAAUGCCACGUCCAGGCCUGCCCCCUAGGGUAUUCCCACCACCUGUGAUGCCCGUACCUCUGCCACCCGGGCCAUGGAGGAUGCGUUUCCCACAGCCGGUGCCUAUGCCUCACUAUGCUAUGGGCCCUGUAGGUGUGGCAUGGGCCCCUGCCCGUCAUUUUGCAGGCCCCCGUUUCUGAAUAUGUUAUUCAUACAGUUUUCCACAGGGUGUUUCUGCUACAUAUACGUUGUGCACAAAAAAUAAGAAACCUGUUAAAUGUGUAAAAUGAGUGCCAGUUGUUUUGGGAGGGCAUAUGACGUUUCCAAUAAAGAGAUAAAUUAGGAA